AUGAAGUUCAUCUCACUCACCAUUAUGAUGAUGUCUGCUGCAAUGCCAGUACUGUCGGGCACAAUGACAGCACAAGAAGACCCCAACAGAAUGUCAUGCGGCAGGCCUGGACAGUACGAGUGCGGAUAUUUCUCGAGUUAUAACAACGGCAAUUCGUUUGUGUUUUUCUGUUCUGAAGACAAGAAAACAAGUGUCGUUGUGAAAUGUGACAAGUGUCCGCAGUGCUGUGACGUCGGUAAAGCAAGUGAUGGUAGAUGGCACCGCAAGGCAGAUCUGACAAAAUGUUUGAGUGCGUGCGUCAGCGCUGCACAGCACGACGGGUUGGACAUGAUUGACGCCGAGCCGACGAUGUACCAAGUGCAAUUUUUGAUCGUUCCUUUUGUGUUCAGCGAUGUUGGACAAAUGGUUUACGGCUCUUCAGACUUUGAGUUAGCUGUCGUGGAGCGGACUUGUUUUUCGGCUGGAGGCUCCGAUGGCGGCCCCCAACCUGUGCGAGAGAGAGCCGAGGUGGGCUGCGAGGGCGGGUGGCAGGUCUAG